AUGACUGUGGAGACGAUAUGGAGCUUCCUCGCUCGCCAUUCACAGCCAUCGGAUUGGACUACAGGCUCAGAGUAUAGAGAUAUCUUGGCGAAAUUGUGUGCGUGUUUAGCAAAAUUUCCGGAGGGGUUUUCGGGAGACGGCGGAGCUCGAAUGGGAUCGAAUCUACCUUCGCUAGAACACUCGAGCAAUACCGAGGCGACUCUUGCAGUGCUUGUCCAAUGCAAACUAGGACUCCGUUCGGAUCGCAAGGAUCUGUACCAAAGCCAGGUGCAGUGUGGGCCGUGGCUGCAACAGCUGAACGAUGGUGUAAGACUUGAUCGCAGACUCUCUUUAGACCUAGCAGUGCACGUGGCACAGACUCUGUGCCAAACCAACCCUAAUAUUGAUUUGAUGGUGCGUGUUGUACUAAAUACGCUUGAUCAUGUCUAUCAAUCACUAGUUCAUAGGGGGUCUGAAGACAGUAGAGCGUUUGUGGCCGCGCAGACAGGUGUCGCACUACUCUGUGUGGUGUGCUCUCUGAUGACCACAGUCGAUCUCGAGCACCUGGACAGAGCUCUGCAGAUACCUCUGCUGCCGCCAUCGAGUGUGACCACGGGUACACUAAGGGAAGGUGAAGAAGCAGCGUUUGCCUUAGGAGUUGCCGAGCACUAUCCAGAUUUGGUGCGAUUGCUGCCGCAUGCGUUGAGUGAACUGCUUCACAGUGCGCAAUGGGAGUCCAAAGCCAAUUCGGUUACAAUUAGAAUCCUCAGUCUGCUAGAGAUUGGAACAGAGGAUGACGCUGUCGCUAUUCAUAUCAGAAAUGUGUUCUACCCUGUGCUCUUGCAGCUGCGGUCAAAGACGCCCGCGCUUAGCAAGCACCUGUAUGCGUCUAUACAGCUUAGAGGGAGCUGAAUAAAGAUAAGCUCAAAAAGUAUUGAUUUGAGCGGGCGGUAUUGACCGACUCAGCCCAUAGAUUUUUGUAUCAGUGUUGAUAAGCUGGAAGGGUGGAGAUUAUCCUAGCGAUAACUAUCACUGACUGAUGGCUAGACAAGGCACA